CUCCUCUCUAGUCCUCCAGAGUCUCCUCAUUCUGCUUCCAGAGGGCUCUGAAUCGGCACAACGCAGUAUUUCCUAAUCAUCGAGACUGCGUAGCCAGCAUUCCGCGUCUGCGACAAUCAACGUCCUAAUUGAGUGAUUGUCUCCACCAAGCUGCACGUGGCGGUGGUCUGCAACCAUUGGUCGGCUCUUCUAUACGACGCACACAUUGCCUUCCUUCUGUCCCCUCACCUUCCGCAUAGUGCCCUCGACGAUGGGUGUCGUUUCUAGCUGCUGCGAGUCAUGUUUCCACUCACGCAAAUCGCAAUCGUAUGAGCCGCUCCUGCUCGAGAAUGAACGGGAGGCGGUUGCGGAUCUCUUGCAAUACCUAGAAAAUCGAACCACGACUAAUUUCUUCUCCGGCUCGCCACUGUCUGCCCUCACGACACUCUCCUUUUCCGACAACGUCGACUUGCAGCGAAGUGCUGCACUCGCGUUCGCCGAAAUUACAGAGAAGGAGGUCCGCCCAGUAGGACGAGACACGCUCGACCCAAUUCUCUUCCUUCUUAGCAGCCAUGAUACGGAGGUGCAGCGCGCAGCUAGUGCUGCGCUCGGAAACCUCGCUGUUAAUACGGACAACAAGCUGCUGAUUGUAAAACUGGGCGGACUGGAGCCUCUCAUUCGCCAAAUGCUGAGCCCGAAUGUUGAGGUGCAGUGCAAUGCGGUGGGAUGCGUGACAAAUUUGGCGACACACGACGACAACAAGACGAAGAUCGCCAAGUCUGGUGCCUUGGUACCCCUCACUCGUUUAGCUCGCUCGAAGGAUAUGCGUGUUCAGCGCAACGCCACGGGCGCUUUGUUGAACAUGACCCAUUCCGACGAGAAUCGGCAGCAGCUCGUCAAUGCAGGCGCUAUUCCGGUGCUUGUAAGCCUAUUGAACUCUCCAGACACCGACGUGCAGUACUACUGUACGACGGCGUUGAGUAACAUUGCUGUCGAUGCCGUAAACCGGAAGAAGCUCGCGCAGAGCGAGCCGAAGCUGGUAACGAGUUUAGUGCAGCUCAUGGACAGUCCAAGUCUCAAAGUACAGUGCCAAGCAGCACUCGCGCUACGAAAUCUUGCUAGUGACGAGAAGUACCAGCUGGAGAUUGUGAAGGCAGACGGUUUACAACAUCUGCUUCGGCUGCUGCAGUCAACCUACUUGCCGUUGAUCCUGUCAUCCGCGGCGUGUGUGCGGAACGUGUCCAUUCACCCGCAGAAUGAGUCUCCCAUCAUUGAAUCCGGCUUCCUUCAGCCAUUAAUUAACCUCUUGUCGUUCAAAGACAAUGAGGAGGUACAAUGUCAUGCGAUCUCCACGCUGAGAAAUCUUGCGGCAAGCUCCGAGAAGAAUAAGCAGGCGAUUGUGAAGGCGGGCGCAGUACAAAGUAUCAAAGAACUUUUGCUCGAAGUUCCAAUGAACGUGCAAAGCGAGAUGACGGCGUGCAUUGCAGUAUUGGCACUGAGUGAUGAAUUGAAGGGACAGCUGCUCGAGAUGGGAAUCUGCGAAGUACUAAUUCCUCUCACAAACUCCCCGAGUUCCGAGGUGCAGGGCAAUAGUGCUGCAGCUUUGGGCAAUCUGUCAUCCAAAGAUGGAAGAACUACCAGCGAUGACUAUUCUGCAUUCAACGAGGUUUGGGACAAGCCGGACGGCGGCAUGCACCGAUAUCUCUACCGGUUCUUGACCAGUCCAGAUGCUACAUUCCAGCACAUCGCCGUAUGGACGAUUGUACAGCUGCUCGAGUCCGGAGAUCCACAGUUGAUCAGCAACAUACGCAGUUCAAAUCUCCUCGUCCCCAAUAUCCGGCAGCUUGCACAGACUCGCCCGUCGUCACCAACGUCGUCCGUCGGUGGUACGCCGCACUCGCACCAUUCGCAAGCUCACUCGUACCAGGACACAGAGACCGGCGAUGGGCAGGGCGAGAUUCAGAUGCUGGCGCGGCGCAUACUCGAGAUCACCGAAGAGGAAAGCGAUGGUGCAAUGACUCCCAGUGCUGCUGCUUCGCAGAUGCAGGCGGCCUCCCUGCGAGAACAUGAGGGCAGCAUUGGGCGCGAACAUGAGGAACUUCGGAAGAGCGUGAGGGAAGCCUUUUCGGGCAACUCCAUGGGGCACUAAAUUUUCGAUUGUUGAUGCUGGGUGGAGGUCUUGAACGGACAAUGAUGAGGGAACAAUUGCAUGUCUUGCGUCGCUUUGUAGAUUCCUCAUUAUCGAACGCACGUGCAUGGCAUGUGUGCUCUUUUCUGCAUUCUCUGUGUGUUUACAUUUUCCGGCUUGGGGGGAGGGGGGGGGGGUGACUAGGUGUUGCACUUGUCUGCGUCUGUACGUAUAUAUUAAUUGCCUGUUUCCAAUCGCUCCCUCGUCCCCU